AUGUUGACGUCAGAUCAGACGGCUAGGAGCCAUCCUGCUCUCGACUUGGGUGUAAUCACUGCAGCGCUUUCCAAGCUCCAGCCCGGCCGCGGCCGCCAGCUGGAAUAUGCAGCCGCUACUGUAUGGCAGAUUGAGUUUCUCAGCAGAAAACUCUCUCCCUCCCUCCCAAACGUCUUCAAAAACCUUCUCCAGAUACUGCGGGUCACUUCGGCUCAAACGGGGAGAGAAAGGGGGAAAAAAGGCUUUCCCUCCACCCCACCCUCUCUCUUCCCCGAGCCUGAGCUCUCCGGGGUGCGCGGGGGCCAUGCCUGCUCCCCUCCCCUCCCGGGGUGCCCUCUGCCCCCCCCCCUCGCCCCCGGCCCGCUGCGAGCCCGCCGCCGACCACGGGAAGCCUCGUCCAGGAGGAGCCUCUCUUUUUAUCCCGGGGUUCCUCGGAAGCCGAAAACCCCGGCUGCUCCCUCCCGGCCCGGCCCAAGUGAGCGCAGAGGGCAGCGGAGGAGCCCCCGCGGCGGCUCUGUGACUGAGGGGGAAGACACCCCCAGUUUGGCCCCAGCCAGGUGCCUGUCCCUUUGCCCUUCUCGCCUAAGGCAGAUUUGCGCCGCCGAGGAUUUUGCAGACCUCGUUGAUUGCCCGCCGGAGAAGGGGGAGGCUGGAUGCGGCCCCAGGGUACGGACCGUAAGGCUCACCCGGGGCAGCUGUAAGGGCGGUGAGGAUCUCCGCUUUAACGGGAACGAGUGUUAACGGCUAAUUAAAUGGGAUCGG